AUGACUGACACAGAAUCGUCCCAUCAGAACGCGUACACUAAAGAUGCCGUAACAUCCAAACAUGAUCAUGAAGCAACACUGAAAUCGAUCGUUAUCCAAGGUAAGGAUCUCACUUUAGAACAAUUGGUGCAAAUUGCUCGACAUUACUGCAAUGUUGAAUUAUCGACUGACGUUAGUAUCUGUAGUCGAAUGGAAGAAUCGGUCGCCAUCAUUGAUGAGAUUGUAAAUGGAUCACAACCUCUUUAUGGAGUCACGAGCUUGUUUGGAGGCCUUGCUAACCGACUUGUAUGCAGGGAGUUUGCCGAGGAACUACAAAAUAAUUUGGUCCGUGCUCACAAAACUGGCACUGGUUCCAUUAUGUCACUAGAGUCGAUUAGGGCAGCCAUGAUUUUGCGGACCAAUGCUCAUCUUAUUGGUGCUUCCGGAAUCCGUCAAUUAUGGGACGAACGAUUAGUACGAUUCGUGUCGGAAGGAGUGACUCCGUUGGUUCCCGAAUUUGGUUCAAUAGGAGCAUCCGGUGAUCUUGUUCCAUUAUCUUAUAUUGCCUCUGCUAUUUCUGGACAAGACGAAACACUUCGUGUCGAUUUUCGAGGUGAAACAAUCAGUGCGCCUGAAGCUUUACUUAGACUUGGAUAUGAACCAAAACGAUUUAAUCCGAAAGAAGGCUUAGCUAUGUUGAAUGGAACCAGUGUUAUGACAGCGUCAGCUUCAUUGGCCUGUUAUGAUCUUUAUACAUUGAUGGCUGCUACUCUUCACGUCCACGCCAUGGUUCUUCAAGCACUGACCGGUAGUAACCAACCAUUUCAUCCAUUUCUACAGAAAAUCAAAGGCCAUCAGGGACAGAUCGAUGUAGCAGCCAUAAUACUCGACUUAUCUAAUGGCUCAAAAAUGAUUUAUGAUGCACUCGAUGGUAAACUGACAAAACGAAGCAUAGAAGCAUUAAUCCAAGAUCGAUACUCAUUGCGAUGUUGUCCACAAUUUCUUGGUCCAAUGCUUGAAACACUACAUGACAUUGCUCGUAUACUUGAAAUUGAAAUGAAUUCUGCUAAUGACAAUCCACUAAUUGAUGUCGAUACCCGCAAAGUUUACUGUAAGCAUCAAACACAUUCUAUUUCUUGUCUUCUUCAGAAUAAAACCAAACUAGAACUGUGA